CCUUCUUUGGUCUGUGAACUUGCAUCACUCAGACAGUCAACUGAUGUCGAUCUACUUUGUCACCAUCGCAGCGUCACUCUUCCUGUGAACUUGCGUUGUUCAUAUUGUCAGCCACCCAGUCAACUCACGUCACUCAGCUAGUCUCCUCCUCAGUGGGAGCGCACCUUGUGAGUAGUGAUUAAUCACUGAGACAUGGUUUUGAGGAGUUUACUUUGCAGACAUGCCAUCAAAAAACUACCUAGGCUCAAUCCAAGCCCACUAUCUGAUUUUUGUAAAACUAGCUCCACCAUCACACUUCCUACAUUCCCUUCUAUUGAUCACAACUAUGGCCUCACUACCUUCCUAUUGCAUGAAUGCCCAAACUCUAUUUCGCCCUUCUCUAGACAGCUUCAUUCUACUCCCCUAACUAAACCAAACAAUUUGGACUAUGACCCUAAGGUUAAUUUGAAGGUGGAGAAUGAGGAUGAGGAUGGGACGAUGAACGAGUUCUUGUCACGGUUUGUGUGGAUAAUGCGUAAGAAGCUCGUCACAGAAUAUCCAGCUUCUGACAAACAAACAAUUGAUGGCAUGCUAUUGAUCAUAGUUGGCAAGGUUGUGUCAGAGUUGGAAAAGGGUGGGUUGCGGCCGGUAAUGAAUGCGGCGGUCUCUUCUUCACAAGAUUUUAGUGAGGACUUGUGGAGAACAGUCUGGGAAGUGAGCAAUAUGGUAUUGGAUGAUAUGAAUAAGGAACGGAAGAAGGAAAGGAUGAAGGGUUUUUUGCAAUCUGAAGAAGUGAAGGAGAUGUGCAGGUUUGCUGGUGAAAUUGGUGUUCGUGGUAAUUUGCUUAGAGAGCUUAGAUUCAAGUGGGCACGUGAGAAAAUGGAGGAACAUGAUUUUUAUGAGAGUUUGGAGCGCCUGAGAAACGAUGCACAAGCUGAGGAAGAAGUGAAAACAGAGAGUGAGAAGGUUGAUGCUGUCGAGGAGAAAUCUAAGACAGUUACUCUCCCCAAGAGACGAGGAAAGAUAAACUACAAGAUAUAUGGGCUUAAUCUCUCUGAUCCUAAGUGGGCAGAAGUGGCUGACAGAAUUCAUGCAGAGGAAUUCAUUUGGCCGCCUGAGCCAAAACUUGUGUCUGGGAAAGCCAAACUUGUCACUGAGAAAAUUCUGUCAUUAAACGAUGUGGAUGAUCCAUCUUCGCUGAUAGCUGAGUGGGUAGAGAUUCAUCAACCUAACAGGAUAGAUUGGAUUAAUUUACUUGACAAAAUGAAAGAUCAGAAUUUUCCUUUGUACUUGAAGGUAGCAGAAAUUGCAUUGACAGAAAGGUCUUUCCAAACAAAUAUCCGAGACUAUUCUAAGCUUAUUAGUAUUUAUGCUGAAGAUAACAAGUAUGAUGAUGCUGAGAGGAUCCUCAAGAAGAUGAAUGAAAAUGGUUACCAGCCAGAUGCUAUAAUAGCCAGUUCAUUGAUUCACAUGUAUGCCAAGGCAGGUAAUUUUGAUCGUGCAAAAGAAGCAUUUGAUAGCUUGAGAAGCCAGGGUGUCCAGCCAGACUUGAAAAUCUAUACUGCAAUUAUCAUGUCAUAUGUAAAUGCUGGCCAACCUAGGAUGGCCGAAGUUCUAUUGAGGGAGCUGGAGUCGGGAGAAAUGAAACCCUCCUAUGAAAUAUACAUUGCAUUGCUCCGGUCUUUUGCUCAUCUUGGGGAUGUUAAUGGAGCUGAACGGAUUUCAGGAGCUAUGCAGUUUUCAGGAUUUCGGCACUCGAUGGAGACCUGUACAUUGCUUGUUGAGGCAUAUGAGCGUGCAGACAACCCUGAUGUGGCUAGAAAAAACUUUGACUACAUGAUAAAACUUGGAUAUAAGCCUGAUGACAGGGUCACCGCUAGCAUGAUUGCAGCUUAUGAGAGGAAAAAUUUAUUGGACAAGGCAUUAAAUCUUCUUUUGAAGCUAGAGAAGGAUGGGUUUGAGCCUGGGAUUGCCACUUACACUGUUCUUGUGGACUGGUUUGCGAAGUUGCAGCUUGUUGAUGAGGCUGAACAACUUUUGGGGGAAAUUGCUCAGCAGGGUGAGGCUCCUUCUUUAAAAAUUCAAGUGAGUCUUUGUGAUAUGUAUGCAAAGGCAGGAAAUGAGAAAAAGGCCCUUCAAGCUUUGGGAGUUCUUGAGGCUAGAAAGGAUGAAUUAAGACCACAUGAGUUUGAGAGAAUUAUACGGAGUCUUCUUACUGGUGGAUUUGUGCAGGAUGCGCGAAGGAUACGAGAUAUAAUGGAGGCACAGGGAUUUACUCCAUCAGGGCCACUUGAAAUGGCUCUUAGUGGAGCUGGUCGUGGAAGAAGACCAGGUUUGAGAUAGUUCAGUUAUAGUGGACAUGUGCUCUUUCUGGUCUCUAAUGGCUUCUUGUCGUGGAUGCCAUGGGGUGCUGGAAUAGUUGCAGCAUGUAAUUUACAAAGAUUUGAUUCAUUAAUUAUGAGAUUACCAUUUUCUUGACCGGUUUAUGUCAAUCUUCCUGUUGUGACAGGUCACAUUCCCAAAUGUUCAGAGGAUUUUUCCCCCUCAUGUCUCCACAAUUCUCUUGUUAAGUAGCUCUUUUUGUAAUACAUUGAUAAGUGAUAUUUUCCAAAUAAGUAUUUUUCGUUAGCAUGU